AUGGAAUCAGAACUUUCAACGGCACUCCCUGAACAGGGAAAUGUUCCUACUGAGAAAGCAACCCAUGAUUUAGAGGAUGAGCCAGGCUCGCCGCAUCCGCAUAAGAAACGUCGUACGGACCCCGGCUUUGGCGACUCUCCCGACAUCAAAGAAGAGACAGACAUAGCUCAUGAAGACCCAAUCGAAGAGGCACUCAUAGCUGCCCUCAACCCUCCCGCUAUUGAGACAGCAACAGAACCAGAAACUCAACCUGUGGAGAGCAAUACUGAGAACAGUAUCGAGACCAAUACUGAAAAUAAUGCGGAAGACAAUGCAAAUAAUGCGGAGCAGAACGCAGAGCAGGACACAGAGAACAGUGCAGAUGACGACGCUGAGACCAAGGCGGAGAACAAUGCUGAAAACAAUACCUCAGAAUCAACUGAUGCGCCCGAUCCUGAGGUUGCGGCUGUCUUCGGGAGUAUCAUUGAUCGCGCCGAACGGCUGGAGGAGCAAUAUGCACUGGACCAACAGCCUACAGAGAACUCUGAACAGUCGCCAAACAAAAAUGUGACCUUUGUCAAAGCUAGUUUAUCAUUAAAGAUACAGAGCCUGCCUAUUCUCGACAACCUCUCAACACAAAUACUUUCCCUUCUGGCCAAGUCCUCAUACCAAGAUAUUACCUCGUUCGUUUCUGAACCUGAGUCAGAGAACGGCCAGGCAUAUGCAACGAUGCGGUCGCUAUUUGAUCACACAAAGAGAGUGUAUUCGACCAAACAAGCGUUCUUGUCGCCAACCGACUUGGACUUGACAGACCCUACUCAGAUUGAUAUUAUACGCAAAGCCAACCUUGCCUCGUUUGUGUCUAGCAUUUUUGGAUCACAGGAAAUAAGUUUCGCCGAGCUCAACGACCACUUCAUCGAUGUGUUUGUACCCGAAGGAAGUCGUCUGCUCAAGGUUCAGGGCGCUCUUUUCCUUGAGCUCAAGACGCAAGCGUUUAUUGCAUCGCUUAACAAUGAAGAGCGCACGAGGACGGAAAUUUUAUUCGAGUUAUUCCCUGAUGACUUGGAGCAGCGUCUUCUCUCAAAGCGAACGGGUACGCGUCAACUUGCUCCGAGCGAAGCGGACUUUGUUAAACGAGCGCGAUCCAGACGCGAUAUCAUUUUUGCGGACAUCAAUAAUGAAGAAGCCAUGAAGGCAUUACCCGACAAGUACCACUGGGAGGACUUUUUGAGGGAUCUUAGCGCCUACAUAAGCAAAAACUUUGAAACCAUAAACAGCUUACAGUCUCGCAAGCUCGUCAAAGGCCGUCAAUCAAUUUCCGGCGAGAGUCAAGAUGGUCCUAGCGGUGCACCUCUCGAGAGCCAGUUCGCCGUUGCUACUCAACCUGCAGAAGCUACGACAGAUCGCAACCUUCACGGGGACCUCGUCGCGCGUGCGGCACGAGCAGCACAGAUUGCUUUACAGGGUCAUGGGCUGAGAAAAUCCCAGCAACAAUCGCAACAUAAUCAGCAACAACAGUUGCAACAAACUCAGCAGCCUCAACAGCCCCAACAAGCACAGACACCACAACAUGCUCCGCAAUCGGCUCAAAGCACGCCGGCCCCUCAGUCCAUCUCACAGACAAGCCAACAAAACGUCAGUCAAGGUUAUCAGCAUAGCCCUACGCCGCCGGGAUAUCCUCAGCAAUUGACAUUUCAACAUAAUACGAUUCCGGUUCAGAGCUUUCAACAAUACACCCCUCCACAGAACGGAUCUAGCAGUAUGCGAUCUACUGACGCGGUAACUAAUUAUGGAUAUAUGCCAGGCGUCCCUCAUUAUUCGCAAUCCCAGCCAACUCAAGUGUUGUAUGAGCGAGCACGCAUGGCAGCAACAGCCAAGUCAUCAUCCAACAGUCGCCGAGCUGGACUACCCAGUCAACGUCGUCCUUGGACCACCGAAGAGGAAAACGCUCUGAUGGCCGGACUGGAUCGUGUCAAGGGGCCUCAUUGGAGCCAGAUCCUAGCAAUGUUUGGACCCGGUGGCACAAUCAACGAGGCACUCAAGGAUCGGAACCAGGUACAACUUAAAGACAAAGCUCGGAAUCUAAAACUUUUCUUCCUCAAGAGCGGGAUUGAGGUGCCAUAUUAUUUGAAAUUUGUGACCGGUGAGCUCAAGACUCGCGCACCUGCACAAGCCGCGAAGAACGAGGCACGAGAACGCGAAAAGAAGCGUGGCGAGGAGGAUAAAGCUCACGUCGAAGGUAUCGAGGGCAUGAUGGCUCUUGCUGGUGCUCAUAUGUCACCUGGUCAAGGUCCAGAUAGCAUGUCAGCAUCUCCGGCGGUCUUCCAAGAACCGGAGCGUCCGGAGUCCCACGAUCAAUCCAUGGCUGAUCAGACGGAAGAACAGAAACUGAUUCAGAGUCUUGGUCAGGAAGUUCCAGAGGGAUUGCUUCAGGUUGCUCAACACAAUGAAGCUAUGGAUACCGCGACUGCAGAUAUGCAUCAUGUGCCUCAAUAACAUGCGGCACAAAUUUGAAUUCCUGUACUACCAAAU